UGUGCGCGCGCGUGCGUACGCUCGCGCGCACCGGGGAUUCCCCCCGCGUGACAAAAACAGCUUAGCCUUUCACAUGUCAGCUCUUCCUCUUCUUGUCUUUUAUUGCUCAUAUGCAAUAACAGCGUGAGCCCGGAGCUCAUGCUGUUACCGGAUAUUUAGACAACAGGCAGCCGUUGCGCCUCGUUUUUGCUGGUUUUUGCCUGCGUUUGCUUCGCCGAGCCUGUGAUGACCGUACCGCGGUUUAAAACCUUUUAAACCGUCUGUAAUCGCGUUUCAAAGGAGAAAAACCGGAGGUCCGUCGCUGAGUGGUUAUGUAUGAUCGGUUUGUGGAAUGAAACGCGGCGACUCAUUCCUCUGGUUUCACAAAGGAGCGGUGGUUUCCUCAGGUGUCAGCAGGCUAUCCUCGGAGUCCGGUCACAUCACCGAGCACCGAGCGGCGACAACAACCGCUAGUAGCCUUUAAGUCCUCCAGGAAGGAGGGAGGGGGAAACCCAGCGAGGCCACCACCACCACCACCACCACCACCAUGGCGAGCGACGACUGUAGUAAACACGACUCGCUGGGGUACGCUGGAGAGAACCGCACGGACUCGGGCAUCGACUCGUACCGCUCCGUGCUGAAGUCGGAGGAGCCCCGGGAUCCCGGCUCGGCAGACAUCGGCGGGCCGAGGGAGAAGUUCUCCACCGGGGAGGAGCGGCUGGAUUCAGCCUACGGGUCCUCGUCCAUCACGGGAGAGAGCCUGUCAGAGUUGGUGGAGGGCUGCACGCUCUCGAGCACCCAGGCGGAACAAACACACAGCUCCGGACUCUCUGAGCAGGAGGAGAACUUGCUCACAAAUAUUACUGAAGAGGGAGACACAUUCCUGCACUUAGCAAUUAUCCAUGAAGACAAUUUCAUCACUCAGCACUUGAUACAGCUAUUCCCAAAAGAAGUCCUGGACAUCCAAAACAAUUUAUACCAGAGCCCAUUGCACCUGGCCACCUAUCUGAAUCUGACAGAGGUGGUGAAGAGCCUGGUGGAGAAGGGGGCCAGCCUGGAGCUGCAGGACCAGGAUGGGAACACAGCGCUCCAUGUGGCCUGCCAGCACGGACAGACAGAGUGCACCAACGAGAUGACCAGAGACGUUUCCCCUAGGAAGCUGACACCGGUCUUCGAGACCCAGAACUGGAGAGGUCUUGCCUGUCUUCACUUGGCUGCACUGAACAGGCAACAUCAGAUUAUGAAGCUCCUGAUGAAAAAAGGAGCUGACCUGAAUAUCCAGGAAGGAACCAGCGGGAAAACAGCUCUUCACCUCGCCGUCGAGCUGCACGACAUCACAUCAGUGAAGCUGCUGCUCAGCAGGGGAGCCAACGUGGAUGCUGCCAUGUUUAACGGCUGCACGCCCCUGCAUCUCGCAGUGGGGAGGCAGGACGCCACCAUCGCCAAUCUCCUUUGCCAGUCUGGCGCUGACACAAUGCUGCGAAAUAUGGAGGAUGAGACAGCGCUGGAUCUGGCUGACGGCAAUGAUGAUAUCCUGGCUCUAUUUCCUUUUGAUGACAUCCAGAUCUCUGGGAGGUCAGUGGUCGGUGUGAAGUUUUGAGCUGAAACAUAGGCUGAACAACAACCUUGAAAUUGUCUGGAGCUUCACUUUGGCUGGAUUUGAUUUUUUUUUUUUUUUUUAAAAACAAAAAAAAAACUGUUUGCGCUGACAUUUUCAUUAAAUAGUGCUUCUAUUUGUAGUUCACUGGUUCACUUCCCUCUGACAAAGAUUGAUUAGGCUUAAUUAAGCACUGAUAGUCAAAAAUCAGUUUCUGAGUCACUGGCUCAAUUUUUUUGCUUCUUUUCAUAUGCCACUGGAGAGGUUGUGCUUAGUUUUCUAUCAGCGUGUUCAGUGUCCAUAAAAAAAUUCUACCUCUUCAUCAUAUUAACCUAGUUUUAAUGGCUAGAAAAGGAACAUGCAACUUGUUUCUCAGUUUCUCAAACUUUAUCAGUGCUGCGAUUGUCUUUGCAUUGAAAUGGAAGUAAGAUUUUUUUGUUUUAAAGUCUGAAAACUUGGCCUUUUGUUGUGGCCACAAAGAGGCUUUUUGAGGAGUGCAAUCAGAGGCAGGAAAGAAAUGUUUCAUCUGCUAAAUUUAAAAUGUAAAACAAACUGUGUGUCCCAAAGAGACCUGCAAUACAAAGAAAACAAAACUAAUAACAUCCCUGCUUUUUGUUAAAAAACUCAUAUAGAAAUGUAACAUAAAACACAAAAUUGAGCUUCACUUUGCUGCCUCAUGUUGUGAAACAGGUUGGUGUAUAAUUACAUUGGCCUGUUCACUUAACAUUUAUUUUGUAAUAAAA